ACCCUUUCACUAACGCUUAGUAAGCUAACCGGAGCAUUUUCCAAAGUAAAAAACACUGCUUAAUAUAAAUGUCACCGCUAGUAAGUAACUUCAAUAUUACCAGGGCGGUACAUGUUAGUUACUGUACAGUUUGGUAGGUACAUAUUUUAAUGAAACGUUUUAUUAUAUUAGCACAAGCAUAAAUGAACUAGCAACAGUCGUUGUUUACACAGGGUUUUAGUCAAAGUUAGCCCGACUCCUUUUUGCUUGAUUAAAGUUGAAAAUGGCGUAAGUCGUGUAGAUGUCUGACUGGAAAACGGAUGAGCUGGACACGAAGAUGGAAAUGGCUGCCAAAGGAAAGGCCAAAAGAAGGCACCUGAAUGCAGAGGAGUGUGAUGCACUGGGACAAAGUGCAGCGGGCACUAGUGCUCUCAUCCAGCCCCACACUAUCAACAAGGGGCCGGGCAAACGCGACCCCAACCGGGGGCUUUACCCCAAGACACCCACCAAGCGACGGAAGUGUGCAUCUGCCUCAGGAAGUCCUUCUGGGAAACAGAAGAGCAUCGGCAGCUUCUUCCCCGUGACAGGAGUCAUCCGCUCCAGUCCGCAGAAAUCCUCUCAGCCCUGCACAUCCACGUGCACAAAUGGACCAAAUAAAGAGCUUUUCAAAGGGCAAGAGGAGGAUGAUGACGAUAUGAGCCUACUAGCUGCUUCCUUGGCGGCAGAGCCUGAAGAAGAGGAUGAGGUUGACGAUGCCAGCUUGUUAGCUGCAGAUUAUCUGGAGGGGAUGACAGCAGAGAUGUUUGGAAAAGAUGAUGACUUUGAUCAAAGUGACAGUGCAAUACCCAACGAGGAAGAGGAGGUGGAGGCCCUCCCUGACGACCACUUUGGGCUCCUGGGAUGCAGCAAAGUCCUCCAACAGCCCCAGGGAUGCAUAGACGAUCUUCCAGAGGAGGUGCUGAGGCAAGUGAUGUGCCUGGUGCCCGCCCAGGACCUCUACCGCAGUGUCAUCCGGGUCUGCCGUCACUGGAGGGGCAUCGUCCAGGACCCCAAGUUUGUCCCCUACAAGAAGAAAUACUACCGCUUCAUGAUGAAAGAGAAGGUGACAGAGCUGGCGAUCAGCUGCAUGCUGAAAAACAGCGGAAUAACAGAUCCAGCGUCAUCACAGCACAGCAUCCGACGCCUCGCCGUUUUAAUGGCGCAGCAUAAGAUGGGAGAGCGUGUGAGGCCGGAGGAUGUUCUGGAGCGUGUUAAGAAGCAUCGGCUCUAUCCUCAGGCUGAGGCCUCCAUCAGAUUACGCAUCCCCGAAAUUCUCAAGAACUUUAACCCUGGCAUUGAGGGUCCUAACCCCUAUGCGGCCAUGGCGGUCAUAUUGAUCCUCAGUGAGAGUGUUGCGGACGUGCAGGCUUUGGUGUCCUUGCUCACCGGAUACAUGUCACGCACCGCCAUCAUAGAGUACCUCAGCCACAUGGCCAUGAUGUUGCUCGCCAUAAAGAGGAACAUCGUCAAGAUUAGCAACAGGUUGCAUUACAACAUCUACUACGUCCUUCACCUGAUGGAGAACAGCUCCUUUGCUGUCAGCUCCUCUCAGACUGGGACUCAGAUUCAGCUCACAGGUGAACAGCAGCAGAUCCUCAGCCAUGACGUCCAGGCCAAACAUGUGGUGAAGAUCGUGGCUUUUGCAGGUACGGGGAAGACCACCACGCUGGUGAAGUACGCCGAGCAGCGGCCGCACCUCCGCUUCCUCUACGUGGCCUUCAACAAGUCAGUGGCCACUGAGGCGCAGCGUCGUUUCCCCAGCAACGUGGCCUGCAAGACUGUCCACUCGUUGGCCUUCACUGACGUUGGGUGGAGAUACCGCCAGAAGCUGACCUGUAACAUGAAGCCGUUCACCAUCAGCUCCGUUCUGCCUCCAGGCCGGGGGGGCUUUGCCAAGGCCAAGGUGGUGACCACCACUCUCAACGCCUUCAAGGCUUCCACAGACGAGUGCAUCAACAUCAGCCACGUCCCCAUGUCCCGCAUGGGGAAGAACGGCCGCAGGAAGAUAAUAACCGACUAUGAAAGAGAGUUGUUUGUGCAAGACACGCGAAAGAUCUGGAUCAAAAUGAAGGAUCUGACUAAGACCAAAUCAGACGACCUCCCCAUGACCCACGAUGGAUACCUGAAGUUAUGGCAGCUGCAGAGACCCUGCCUGUCUGACCAAUACAACGUCCUUUUCAUCGACGAGGCUCAGGACUGCACUCCAGCCAUCAUGGAUGUGCUCCUGUCUCAGCGCUGUGGGAAAAUCCUGGUGGGAGAUCCUCAUCAGCAGAUCUACACCUUCAAAGGAGCGGUCAAUGCCCUGCACAUUGUCGACCACACACACAUCUUCUACCUGACACAGAGCUUUCGCUUCGGUGCUCAGAUCGCCUACGUGGGCGCGACCAUCCUCAAAGUGUGCAAGGGAGUGGAUAAGAUUCUUGUGGGAGGAAAUCAGAAAGGCGGUGUGUGUGACGAGACGGCAGACGAGGCGGGAGCAGCGGUGAGUUCGGGUGCCAGUCUCAGUCAGGGGAAGACGGCCAUCUUGACAAGAUGCAACCUCAGCGUGUUCAGUGAAGCCGUCCGACUCACCGACGCCAACCCGCAGUGUCGCAUCCACUUCAUAGGAGGUGUGACUAGUAUCGGCCUGAAUAGGAUCCUGGACAUCUGGAAGCUGUUUGAAGGGGCGAGAGAGGAGACGCAAAGCUCGAAAUUCAUCAACGAUCCCUUCAUCCGCUCAUUUGCCAAGAAUAUGAAGAGUGGCUACUGGGCCCUGAAGUCGUACGCCACACUGACCGAGGACUUGGAGCUGGACGGCAAACUCAAAAUGGUUGAAAAAUACGGAAAGCGCAUCCCUGAACUGGCCUCUCGCCUGGAAAGGUGCUUUGAAGAAAACUUCCACCAAGCAGACUUUAUCGUGGGAACAGUGCACAAGGCCAAGGGUCUGGAGUUCGACACUGUGAUGGUCACCGAUGACUUUGCCAAAGUUCCUGGUUCAAGACACAAUCUGCACUUUAGACCAGAUUUCUCCUUUGAUGAAGUUCCUGACGAUGAGUGGAACCUGCUGUAUGUGGCGGUGACUCGAGCCAAGACGACUCUGAUCAUCACAAAGACCAUCCGUCGCAUUCUCACCGAGGCAGGGGAGUACUUUCUGAAAUCGGAGAUGCCGAGCACCUUGAUGAAGCAGGGCGAUCCGCUCCCGUGCUGCAUCCCAGACUGCCCAAACUGCACCACCCCAGGAUCAGCCUUCAUCAUGUGCAAACAACAGAUGAAAUGUUCAGACGGUGUGGCUGCUGGCGGCCCACUGUGCGAAAGGUGUGUGUGGACGCGGGUGGGACCAAUCGCCUUCCUCAUGACCGACGACGUGCAAUCCAUGGCGGAGAUACCACAUAGACUGGGCCAGCAGGUCCACCACAUGAUGCUGGUGGCCCUUUUUUAACACUACUCUUCUUAAAAGAGUUCAAAUGAAAACUUUGUGAGACAAUCGUUUUUGUUUAGUGGAGAAAAGACUUCAGCCAGAAAAAACGUGCUGUUCGCUCAACCAGACAAACUGAAAAUGUUUUAAUUGUUCUCUGUAAUGCAUGGUUACAUUGUGACUUUAUGUUUAUAUUUCUUUUUUUAAUGAGGAAUCUGAAUGUCGCCUUAUGCAGUUGAGGAGGAUUGUGUAACUGCUGGAAGACUUGUCUACUUUGUCUAAAAACAA